UAGGCGGUAUCAACGACAAAACGUCCCUCCUGAAUGUCGUGUCUCGUCCAACUUCGGAAGUCUGACAAGAGAUACUAAAACAAAACAAAACGGAAUUAAUAAUAAAAAAGAUGGGCUUUUAUACUUUCCUUGGCCCUCUGUUCUUAUUAAUAGUUCUCGUAAAUAAAUCAAGCGCCAUCAAGUGUUAUUCCUGUUCUUCAUUCGACGACCUAAAUUGUGGAGAUGCAUUUGACUUCAAGUAUGUGAAGGCUUAUGCUUGCGCAGGAUCUUGUAAAAAGACAAGAGGAUUAACCAAAAACAAUGAUGCAGAAAUAAACAGAAUGUGUUCCUCGCUAGAAAAGGAUUCUUGCUACUCUUCACCUUACAACGACAUUGAUGUUACGGCUUGUGUCUGCAACACAGAUUACUGCAAUUCAGCACCACUAAAACACGUCUCUAGUAUCACUUUAAACUUUUGUCUGGCUACUCUUACAUAUCUUCUAAUACAUCCAUGAAAUCAGAUUUUGCAUUCCAUUCAUUUGAUUUCAUAUCAUUUAAUUCAUAUCACAUCAUGUCAUAAUAAGCACUUUCUUCAUAUCAACUUUGCCUUUCAUCCUUUCAGGGUCGAUUAAAUAAGUACCAGUUAUACACUGGGGUCAAUGUAAUCAACAUAAUCCUUUCCCCCAAAUUUGAGGCCUUGUGUUUCCAGUAGAAAGGAUUAUUCUAAUGGUUGUUGCAACAUCCUUUAAGCUUUAAUCUUUACACCCUGAUAAGUUUCAGUCAUUGAAUUACCACCUUCUUAAUGCAAAUCCUUCAAGUUUUGUUUGAAUUAAUGUCCCAAAGAUACUAUCAAUAAACCUGGCUCAACCAGUAAUGCUUCUUGAUUUAUGAAUGGCUUAGAAAAUUAUUUUAAAUAUAAGGUUAGGAGCUCAAAAUUUGAUACAACUUUUGCUUAGGGUUCAUUACU